AACCAGACAACUGGACAAGGUUAUUGUGGCAGCUGCUCCUCCCCUGACAUCAGAUUCUGUGUCGAUCUAUCGUUUCAUUAUCAUUUAAUGGAGACGACGAAAUAUUAACAUAACUGAUCUUUAUUUUCUCGUUUACUCCACUAAAGAAUAAUGACAAAGCAAGCCCUUCCCCGACAUGUAGCCAUGCGCUUCGUAUCGAGAAUCGAUCGUGAUUUGUUAUUGCAAUGAUAUUUUCUGAAUGUUGUAGUUGAGUUUGUUUGAAUGUGACUCGCGGAAUAUACAAAAUGGAACAUUUUUAUGUAAGUCAUUUUAGUUAUUACAGGAGUUCGAGUAACAGAAUACUUUAUGAAUGGCCCCGUUUUCUUGCACAUCUCCCAGAAACUGUUAAAAAGUGUUACAAAGGGCAUAAUGUACGCUGUUUUCCGCGGGUGUAUAGAUAGCAUAAAAGGCACUGUAGGAAUAUUUAUUCUGGAUAAGCAGAUAAAAGAAAAGGCAUCUCAGAGUACACCCAAGAAGGACGCUACGCCCAGGAGAAGGGAUUCCUCUAGAAAAGAUGAAACAUCGAAAGUGUCUUCCAAAGAGCCAGAGACAGUUUCCGUGUUAUCUCGGGCACUACAGUGUUGUGCACUAAAUGGUGUUGUGUUUUUAUUCAGUAUAUUUCUUUUUGAAUGUGGGGUGCUGCCUUUUUUGAGAUUCUUCUUGUCCAUACUCUUCGGCCAUUCACCAGACACAGAAAAUACUGUCUGGUCAUGGAUACAUCCAAUACUCACUUGGACGUUCAGCACCAUGUGGGUGUUGCCUCUUUUCUUGCUAAGCAAGAUUGUAAAUAGCUUGUGGUUUCAGGAUAUUGCAGAUUCUGCGUACAGACAUACCAGAGGGCGUCCACAAAUGUUGAGUAGUGUCAGCAAAUUGAUUGCAGACCUAUUAUUCAGCAUAUUAGUACAGGCAUUGUUCCUCGUUCAGAGCAUGCUCGUGAGCUUAUUACCAAUAAUGUUUCUCAAUGAACUACUGAGCCUAAUUCACAUGUGUAUGCUAUAUUCUCUAUAUUCAUUUGAAUAUAAGUGGUUAAACAUGGGCUGGGAGCUACACCAGCGUUUGAAUUUCAUGGAAAACAACUGGCCAUACUUUGUAGGUUUUGGUCUGCCUCUCGCAGUACUCACUGCAUUGCCCUCAUCAUUCAUUGUAAGCGGCUGUAUAUUUUCUAUGGUAUUUCCUAUGUUCAUAAUAAGUGGCAAUGAAGCAGUGCCAGUAACUGGAGUCUGUGAUUAUCCUCUGCAGCUUUUCUCGCCUGUUAUAGCAAUAUCGAAUGCACUAUUCAACCGAACUAUUGGGACAAAACACACUCCAUCACAAGCACAGAGAUGAUCACUGGCUUCAAGUGUUCCAUCUAAUAUACAUGUACCAGAAAAUGUACUGAACUGUGUAAUUAACUCAAUUUUAAAAGACAGGCGUUUUAAAAUUCCUUUUAGUGCUACUUCAAAUUAUUUUGAAAACAUAUCACAGUUGCUUGAAAAAGAGAGAACUUUCCGGUUUUGGGCUUUAUUCGUAGCGAGCCCAUUCGGAAGCAGAUCAGUUUUGCAUAAUUUACAUGUUUUGCUUUAUAAUUUCAUUGAUGCAGAGUUAUGGUAUUGUAAGUAGUACAAUAACAGUGUGGAGAAGGAACUAGUUUUUCCUCUUCUUUUCCUAAGAAGUGUCUAAGUGAUGUACAAUCUGUGAUUUUUUCCAAGUAGGUCAGCACAGAGAGAGAGAGAAAGAAAGAGAGUGUUUAAGUUGUGAAAUUCUAGUCAUAAGACUUCUCCUUUUUACUCUUGUGUUGGUGUAUACUCUGAUGCACUGCUCACAGAUGUGCAGUGAUUUUGUGCCUCAUUGACAAAUUUUUUGCAUAUUGUUUAGCUAUACUUUUAUACUGAUAUUGAUAUGGAUAUAAAAUAUAUACAAAA